AUGAAGACAUUCUUUGCCCUCGCUGCUUCUGUAGCAACAACUUUCGCUGCACCUGGCCAAUGGGACGCGGCGGCACCCAAAUGUACCGAUGGAGGGCAAUUACACUGCUGCCAAGCGACCUUCACGGGCGCAGCGGCUCCGGUGACACUCGCGGCCGACCUGGCAUGCUACGAUCUCACGCCGGCAGUGUUGAACUGCGUAAUCACCGACGCGCCAAUCGACCCGGACUUCGGAUGCGUCGGGGAGUAUGCAUGCUGCCAGGUCAACGAACUCAAUCCACUCCUGGGAUUAUUCUGUUCCAAACCGCCGGGCGACUGCAGAGGAAGAGAGGGUGGAAGUCCGGCGUACUGCACAGAUGUCAUCGAUGGCCGAUUCGGCAACUGCACCGACAACGACGUCAAGAAUAAUCAGGGCUUGCUUGGCAUUGGCGACGGCCUACUCGGAGGAGGUAGCAAAUAA